AUGCGUAUUGACAGAAACACCACCCACACAACGAUGGCGCCGUCAGCUGCACCCGAAGUUGAUCUCAACAACGAUAAUAAAUCCCAAGAUGAAAAACGGAAAAUCAGUAGCGAAGACUCUGGUAGCACAAUGGAAGGACAAACUACCAGCAAAGCAGCCGAUGCAGCUUUGCAGUUCGUUCAUGAGCAGGCUAUUGAGAUUGACGAGGAGACUGACAAGAGAAUCCGCCGCAAGAUUGAUUGGCAUAUUCUCCCAUGGAUGUGCACUUUGUAUCUUUUGCAAUAUAUGGAUAAAGUCACUUUGUCAUAUGCAGCAGUGAUGGGUAUUAAAGAAGAUACUCAUCUCACCGCGUCACAAUAUUCAUGGACUGGUUCGAUCUUCUACUUGGGCUACCUUGCAUUUGAAUACCCACACAACAGACUCAUGCAACGAUUUCCAGUCGGGAAAUACGUAGCAGCGAACGUGAUUGUCUGGGGUGCAAUGCUUGCUGCCACGGCUGGAACAACUAGCUUUGCUGGCAUAAUGGUCGUUCGAUUCUUCCUCGGUGCUUUCGAGGGAGCUGUGACUGCUGGCUUCGUAUUGAUGACCUCUCAGUGGUAUCGUGCAAACGAGCAGACUUUCAGAACUGCAAUUUGGUUUUCCUUCAAUGGAUGGGCAUCUAUCGUUGGUGGAGCUCUAGCAUAUGGCAUAGCCCGCGGAUUCCGAGAAAACACAUCCAUCACCUUUGAGGCAUGGAAAGCCUUGUUUAUCAUCUUUGGGCUCACUACAUCGCUCUUUGGUGUGGGGAUGUUCUUUUUCCUAGCAGAUUCUCCGAUCACUGCGAAGUGGUUGAGCGAUGAAGAACGACGUUUAGCCGUAGAACGAUUGAGAGGGAAUCAACAGGGACUUGGAAGCAGGGUGUUCAAGUGGUACCAAGUAAAAGAGACGUUCACUGAUAUCAGGACCUAUUUGAUUUUUCUAUUCAUGGUCAGCUUGGAUAUUCCAAAUGGCGGUAUCACGGUUUUCUUCACCCAGCUGAUUCAAGGUUAUGGUUUCACUUCUGAGGAAACACUGCUUAUUUCCAUGCCUGGCGGAAUUGUCCAGCUCGCUUCAAAUGUCGGUAUUCCAUACAUGGCUUAUCGACUCAACCAGCGAUACCUGAGCGGCUGUUUUGGCAUUCUCUGCGGUAUCUUUGGGAUUGCUUUGAUGGCCGGCCUUGCAAUGGACGAUCCUCUGAACAAGCGAAUUGGCCAGCUUGUUGGGUAUUACAUGAUUAUCGGCAAUUCUGCCACAGGUCUUAUCAUCAUCCUAGGCACGAUUUCGACAAAUACAGCAGGUUAUACUAAAAAGACGACUGUCAAUGCGAUCGCUUUGAUUGGUUAUUGUGUUGGAUUCCUUAUUGGACCCCAAAGCUUUCGAGACGGUCCAUACUACGCUAACGCAAAAUAUGUCAUGAUUGGAAUGUGGACGGUGGCACUCAUGUUGAUGUUGGCUCUGUGGUUUAUCAAUAAGCAAGAGAACAAGAGAAGAGAUUUACAAGCUGCUGCUGAAGGACUUCCUCCUCAGCCCGCUGGACAAGAAUUCCUUGACUUGACCGAUAAGGAGAACAAGUAUUUCAGAUACGCGCUAUAG